GCACUAGCCCCGCCCGUCGCACGGCCCCGCCCACCAAUCCUCGCUUCUUCCCGCCCCACAGCACCUCAGCCUGCGCUGCGCCUCCCGGCCGGAGGCGUCGCUGUGCCAACUACUGCUCUCCACACGGACACAGCGAGCACUCGAACGGGGGCGGAGGCGGGCGAGGUGGGGCGGGGCGGCGGGGGGCGGUGUCGCCGCGGUAUAGUGGCGGCAGCGGCGGCGGCAGCGGCAGCGGCAGCGACUCGGUGGUCUUUGCGCCAUGGCCGCGUCGGUGUUUUGCUGCCUGCGAUGCUGCAGGGACAGCGGGACCGGCCACAUUCCUCUGAAGGAGAUGCCGGCCGUGCAGCUGGACACGCAGCACAUGGGAACAGAUGUUGUCAUUGUGAAAAAUGGAAGAAGAAUAUGUGGAACAGGAGGUUGUUUAGCCAGUGCACCUCUUCAUCAAAACAAAAGCUAUUUUGAAUUCAAAAUCCAAUCCACAGGAAUCUGGGGUAUUGGUGUUGCAACUCAGAAGGUGAACCUGAACCAGAUUCCUCUUGGCCGAGACGUGCAUAGUCUUGUGAUGAGAAAUGAUGGAGCCCUGUACCACAACAAUGAAGAGAAAAAUAGGCUACCAGCAAACAGCCUUCCACAGGAGGGAGACGUGGUGGGUAUUACAUAUGACCAUGUAGAAUUAAAUGUAUAUUUGAAUGGAAAAAACAUGCAUUGUCCAGCAUCAGGUAUACGAGGAACAGUGUAUCCAGUUGUUUAUGUUGAUGACAGUGCAAUUUUGGAUUGCCAGUUCAGUGAAUUUUAUCAUACUCCUCCACCUGGUUUUGAAAAAAUACUGUUUGAACAGCAGAUCUUUUGAAUGUAUUUGUUACUGAAUAUUAUAUUUCUGCACUGUCAAAAGUGUUUACCAUUUAAUAAAGCUUUACCUGAUCUAUAGAUGAAAAUAUAUUCUUAAAAAUUUGCUUGUUAAUGUUGUCUAUGGAACCAAUAUAUUCACUAUAUACCAAAAAAUUUUGAUUUAAAAGACUUACGCUUUGUGAUAUGAAAAUCAGCAUUUUGGGGAAUUUAUUUAAUUCUUAUUUAAAUAAAUAGAACUAUGGGUUUGAUUAACAGUAUUACAUAGUAAUAUAUAUAUAAAUAUUUAAAAGGGACUUUCUUAUAUAAAAUGUUUGUAUUGAUAGAGAUGUAGAGUUGUGUAAUUUUUGUCAUUCUGGAAUUUAGACCUCAUUAAUUAUUGUAAGUGUGUAGUCCAGUAAUUUUGUGUUUCUGUCCUCUUUUAUAUACACUGUAACAGUUGGCAAAAAUUUAUAUUAUUGGCAACUUCAUUUUUGGUGAUGUAUUUAUCAUGUUAAUGUACUACUUAAAACUUAAAUUGCUUAUUUUGUUGUGUUAUAUCACUGCUUUUGAUUUGCUUUCUGAAAGGAGAUAAACAGUAAUGAUUAGAGCAUUUUGUUGAAGACCACCAUACUCUGUAAUUUCAAUACCAGAGUAAGUAAUGGUUGAUUAGUGGUGUAGUUUACAUUGGCAGGCAUUUAGAACAGUGUGAUGCUUUAAAUUUAAAUGAGACUAUUCUUUCAAGAACUUUUAUUUAAAUCUGUGUUUUCUAUAAGGAAUAACAAAAUAAUAGCAAUUAAAGAAUAUUCAGUACUAUAUUAAAUGCAUUCUUCCUGUUUUGUUAGUAUACAAUAAAUUCAUUUUACCUUUGAUUAUUUUAGAAGUGUAGGUAGUAUAUGAGUCCUCUCUAUGACCUAGCUUUCAGUGAGUUAUUGUCCUUUUGUUAACCCCCUACUGAACUGAGCUGAUGACAUCUUUAGGUACAUUCUCUUUUCAAAUAAGCAUGCCCAGGACACAUAUGUUUCACUUCUUUUAUCCACAAGUAGCAGUACAGUAUAUUGUGCUAGAAAAAACAUGGGUAUUAGAAUUGGAAAAAGAUCUGAAUUGUAGUUCUGCUACCUAAUACCAUCAAGUGAGCUCCUCAGUGACUAUAAGCUCUGAGGUAAUCAUACUUAUAAAAGGGUAAUCAUACUGACUUAUUAAGAUUCUGUAACUAGUUCAUAAAUAUAUAUGUAAAAGACCUUAUCAUACACACUGAAGAAAUGCAGUUUCCUUGUCUGUGAAGCAGUGGUUUUUAGACUGUGUCUUGGGCCUGCAGCAUCACCUGGGAACUUGUUAGUGUAAUGGACACUCAGGCCCCAACCCAGACCCCCCAAUCAGAAACUGCUGGGGUUGGCACCAGGAAUCUGGCUUGAGCUCUCAGAUCUGAUACAUACUAAAAUUUGAGAACUACUACUCAGGGAAGGAUUCUUUGAGAAAGAUUGCGUGAUAAAAAUUUUCUAAGGAUCUAAUACGUUCUAUUUUUACUCAUAAGCUGGAAAAAUCCUGCACAUUGCUUAUUAUUCGGUAGAUAUAUAAAAUAUGAAAAUGUGCUUUGAAAAUAUAGAUAUCCUUGAGUGGCAUAUUUAUUCACAUGUAAAAAAAUCACACAUUUUACCCGUAAAGAUUUGUGGAGUUGAACUAGGAGAUAAACAGUAAUGAUUAGAGCAUUGUGUUGAAGACCAUCAUAGUCUGUAAUUUCAAUACCAGAGUAAGUAAUGGUUGAUUAGUGAUGUAGUUUACAUUGGCAGGCAUUUAGAACAGUAUGUUUUAUGUAUGUAUUUUUCAUCUGACUUUAUGUCACAGUAAUUUUAAUUCAUAAAGAACAUACUUUCUUGAGCAAGUGUAUUAAAGUGAUUUUAUGUUACCUACCUCUUAGGUUUUGUUUUGUUCGGGUGCAUGUUUAUAAUACAGAACAGUGCUGCUUGUUUGAGGAAUUGGUACAUGUAACAUAUAUUGCUCGUUUUUCAUUCUUUUACUGCCUCCCCCUUUAAACUUGAGCACCAGCCCUGGUGUUUAAACCCAGGGGCCCAACAUACAUACUAGGCAAGGGCUUUUACUUCUUAGCUGCAUCCCUAAUUUAGUAACGUUUUUAAAAGCCAACUUUUUUCUUUUGCGGUAUCGGGUAUUAAACCCAGGACUAUCACAUUGAGCUACAUCUCCAGGCAUUUUCUAUUUUGAAUUUUUAGAGUCUCACUGAAUCACUAAAUUAUAUGGGCUGAGCUUAAAUUUAUGAUCCUUCUGUUUCAGCCUCCCAAAGUGCUGGGAUUGCAGUUGUUUGGCAGCGUAACCACUACCAACCUUUUUUAGAAAUCACAUUCUUUCCAGCCUCUAAUAAGACAGAAGAGGGAUAGUGCUGAAAUGAUACAUAAUUUACAUCCACAGUAACAGUUUGAUGAAGUCUGGAUGUGUUUUUAAUUCCUGUUAAGAAAAUUACAUUGAGCUGUGCUUCCUUCACGAUCUAUAACUUUAGUCUGAUCAGGAGGCAAACAUAAGACAGAUUCCGUAAGAGGAACAGCCUACAUAAUGCUUGAUGAUGUGCUUCAAAACGGUCAGUCAUCACAAACAAGGAAAGCCCGAGAAACUGCACACGCCAGGCAGGGCGCUUACCGGGACGUGAAGAGUCAGUGUGAUGUGGUGUCCUGGAUGCGGUCUGGGACCAGCGAAAGUACAUUAGGUGGAAACUGAAGAAGCCUGGAUAAACUAUGGACUUCAGUUAAAAAUGUAUCGAUAUUUAUUCCUUCAUUGUAACAAAUAUAGUAUACCAGUGUAGGAUGUUAAGAACAAGAAACUGGGAGAGGACGUAAUGGGAAUCUUUCCAUUUUUUUCUGUAAAUCAAAACUUUUUUAAAAAAUAUUUUUAAAAGCUCAUUGUGGAAGAGAAAUUUUAAAAGAACGCCUUUCAGCCAAUAGAAUGACAUUAUUACAGUGUGUACACAGAGCUUACAUAUUGAAUGGUACUUAUAAAAUGUGGAUAGGAUGGAAAACGUUCUUGUAUUUUGCCACACAAACACUUGCAUUUAUUUCGGACUGAAUAAACAUUGUCCACUGGGCCCUCUUU